UUGUGGGGCCCAAUUAAGUCUGACCCUCCAAACUUUAAAUACUCUCAAUCUCACUCACCUCUUCACCCAUCAAACUCUUUCUCUAUCAGAAUUAAAACACUUCAACUAUUUUAACCUUUUUCUUAGUUCAUGCAUUUUCACAAACACAUGGUGCUCGCACCCUAGCUUGCAACUAAACAACGAUCUACUCUUCAUCCUUCGAAACAAAACCGAAACUUUUUUCACCAUGGCCUUCGAUUCGUGGCUCGGUAGGGUAAAAACCGCGCUUUCCAACGGGAAGAAUCCCAAGUCAAAACGCGUUGCCGUUUUGUCAUUCGAGGUCGCCGGCGUCAUGUCGAGGCUCCUUCACCUCUAUCAGUCGCUCUCCGACGCCGCCGUCGUUCGCCUUCGAAACGAUGCCGUUUCUCUUGAGGGUGCAUUGAAGCUCGUUUCCAACGACGAGUCGUUCCUCCUCAGACUCGCCCGAGCCGAACUCGCUGAGUCAGUUCGAGUCGCGGCCGGCUCUGUGUCCCGACUCAGCUGCAUGUGCCACGACCCUUUUCUCCGAUCGUUCCACCGAGUCUUCACCGAGUUCGCUAACUCGGGCUACGACCCACACGCGUGGACACUCACCAAUCCGAAGGAAAUCGAAGCCAAACACAAGAAAUUGGAGCGUUACGUGUCACUCACGUCAACGCUUCACAGAGAAAUGGAAGAGCUUUCCGUUCUAGAAAGUGCGUUGAGAAAAGCACUUAACCAUAGUAGUAACAACAAUAAUGGUGAACCUGAACCUUGUUCAGUUAAUAGUAAGGAUCAUCAGAAACUCUGUGAUCUUCAGCAAAAGAUUUUCUGGCAGAAGCAAGAGGUUAAGGAGUUAAAGGAGAAAUCUUUGUGGAAUAAAGGUUUCGAUGGCGUUGUUUUGUUGCUUGUUAGGUUUGUUUUCACUGUGUUAGCAAGGAUUAAGGUUGUGUUUGGAAUUGGGCAUUGUGUUCCUUAUUUGUCUCGUAGUUUAUCAGCUUCAGCCACUGUUUUUCCCUCUGAUCAAAAUCCCAAUAGUGAAAAUUAUGCUAUUCAUGUUUCUAGACCGUUCAAAAGUUUGAAGAUUGAUGGGAAUGGUGAUUUGGGGUGUGGUAGUUUUUUUGAGUCUAAUUGUAAGUUAUUGAAGCCAAUGAAUGGUACUUUAGGUGCUUCAGCUUUGGCAUUUCAUUAUGCCAAUUUGAUCAUAGUUAUGGAGAAGAUGAUAAAGUCACCACAAUUGGUUGGUGUUGAAGCAAGGGAUGAUCUGUAUGCAAUGUUGCCAAGUAGCAUAAGAUCAUCACUGAGGUCAAGAUUGAAAGGUGUUGGAUUCUCUGCUUGUGAUCCUGUUCUUGCUGGAGAGUGGAGAGAAGCAUUGGGGAGGAUUCUUGGUUGGAUUUCACCAUUGGCACAUAACAUGAUUAGGUGGCAGAGUGAGAGGAGCUUUGAGCAGAUGAACCUGAUGGUUCCAAAGACCAAUAGUAAUGUGUUGUUGUUGCAGACUUUGUUCUUUGCAGACAAAGAGAAGACAGAAGCUGCCAUAACUGAGCUGCUUGUUGGUUUGAACUAUAUUUGGAGGUUUGAGAGAGAAAUGACUGCUAAGGCUUUCUUUGAAGGGUGCAACAACAGUUUCAAUGGCUUGUUAAAUGUUAACCAUUCAGAAACCCAGUUAAGGACUUAACUAAGUAGAUCAUCAUGGGUUUCUAAACUUUUGUAUGACAGUCAUGAGUAAUGCAAGAUAUAGACAUUUGACAAAAA